CUCAAAACCCAAGCCAUGGUCCGCCUCCACCACACCCCGGACUUCCUCCCAAACCAGUGCGGGUCGUGCCUGACCCAGACCGUCAGCGCGCCGCUCCCGCUCGUCUGGUCCCUCGUCCGCCAGUUUGCGAACCCGCAGGCCUACAAGCAAUUCGUCAGGAGCUGCCGCGUGGUGGCGGGCGACGGCGGCACGGCCGGGAGCCUCCGCGAGGUCACGGUCGUAUCGGGCCUGCCGGCGUGCUGCAGCCGCGAGCGGCUGGACCUGCUCGAUGAUGAGCUGCACGUGAUGGUGUUCAGCAUCGUCGGGGGCGACCACCGGCUCGUGAACUACCGGUCCACCACGACAUUGCAUGAGGACGACCGAGAGGAGGAGGGGGAGGGGGCGGCAGGGCGGCCGGACGACAACAGGACGACGGUCAUAGAGUCGUACGUGGUGGAUGUUCCUAAAGAUAGCAACGAAGAGGACACGCGGUCGUUCGCGGAGACGAUAAUCAGGUGCAAUCUUAGGUCUUUGGCCGAGGUUUCGGAGAAAAUGGCUUGUGCCCUCAAGGCUUGA